AUGGCCACAAUACUGCGCGCCUGCCAGGUGCUCCCCGAGCCGCUCUUUGCAGCAGCGGCGCACGCGGGGGACGACGUGUUCCUCUGCCGCACGGCCUACGACUCGCGCUCCCUCACCUUCAAACGCCUGCCCGCGCCCAUGCGCGGACCGGGGGGAACGGGGGCCAUGGGGGGAUUAGGGGGGACGAGGGGGGUGGGGGAGAUGAGGGGGAUGGCAGGGGGAGGUGGGGCCGGAACGGGCGCGCAGGGGCGUGGAGGCGAUGGGGGAGGGAAGAGGAGGAGAGGGGAGAGGGAUGAGGGGAAUCGAAAGGGAAUGCGUGGGAGUGGGGAGGAUGGGGAAGGGAGUGGUGAGAGCGAUGGUAGUGACUCUGGUGAGAGUGACAGUAGUGAAGGGUUGACUGAUUCCAGUGAUGAUGGUGAUAGUGAUCUUAGCGUGGAUGACGAGGAGGAGGAAGAGGAGGACGAGGAGGAAGAGGAUUGGGGAGUGGAGGGAGGGAGGAAGUUGAGAAAGAGAAUGAGGAAGAGCAGCAGACAUAAGGUGUGUGUCGUCGCGUGGGAGAAGAGGAUGUCAAAUCGCAGGAAGCGGCAAUGGUUGGGUCAGGAGUAUGGCUUUAACACUUCCCAAGGGGACGGGGACCACGGGCUCUUCUCCGUGUUCCAUAGUGAUCAGAGGCGCACCGGAGGGCAUUCUGUGACGCUGGUGGGAGAGAGAGAGGAUGAGAGAGAUGAUACGUGGGACAAGGGGGAUGGGGAAAGCGACGGGGAGGGGGAUAAGGAGGACGAGGAGGAGGAGGAUGGGGAGAGGGAGGAGUCGCAUGUGAGGAAGGAUGGCGAGCACAAGGGGAGGCAGCUAGGCGGGUUGGCGGCGGUGCGGAGGGCGAAGAGGGCCCUGCAGCUGUCCCGUGUGCCGCCGUGCCUGCCAUGCCGUGAGAAGGAGCAGCAGGAGGUGCAGGGGUUUGUGGCGCGAGUUGUUGGGGGCGGAUCUGGGGAAGGUGAAUCUGAGGAAUGUAAUCUUGGGGGAGAUGGCGGGAAAAGGGCAGGAGGCGGAGUAGUGGGCACAGAGCAAGAGAAGGGGAACGAGGAGGGCAUGGGUGUGGGAGGGAAGGGAGGCAUGAGAGGGAAGGAGAGGGAGAGAGGGAGAGGGAGAGCGAGUGGAAGGCGGAAGAAACAGGAGGAGGUGAGGGAUGAGCAAGAGGCAGAGGGAGAGAAGCCGCGGGACGGCCAGCAGAAGGGGCUACAGGAGGGGUGCGAGGAAGGGGAGCAGCAGGAGGAGAGGCCAGGACAGCAGCAGGUGAAUUCACGGUGUUUGUACAUCAGUGGGGUGCCGGGCACGGGCAAGACAGCAGUGGUGGUGGAGGUGAUGCGGCAGGCGAGGCGGAGCAGCAGCGAGGGGGUGCUGCCGCCCUUCCAGUUCGUCCACAUCAACGCCCUGCGCCUGCCCGCCCCCACCGCCUUCUUCUCUGUUCUCUGGGAGGCUCUGACCGGCCAGAGGGUGCUCUACAACAUAUUCGAGUGGACCACCUGGAGCUCUGCACGCCUUGCCGUUAUUGGCAUCGCCAACACGGUGGACCUGCCGGAGCGCCUGCUGCCGCGCAUCGCCAGCCGCAUGGGGCUGCAGCGCGUGCCCUUUGCGCCGUACACACGCCACCACAUCGAGACGAUCGUCGCCGCCCGCCUGCAUGCGUGCCAGCUGUUUGCACCGCGGGCCAUCGAGCUGGCUGCACGGAAGGUGGCGUCGGUAUCCGGGGAUGUGCGGCGGGCACUUGAGAUCUGCCGCAGGGCCGUGGAGAUCGCUGAGGCAGAAGCCAGGCUGGCAGGGACUGGCCAUGCAGCCGAGGCGGGGUGUGCUGACGUGGCAGGUGAAGCUGGCGUGGGAGGUGAAGCUGGCGUGGGAGGUGAAGCAGAGGCGGAAGCUGGUUCGGGAGCUGGUUUGGGAGAUGGUAUGGGAACUGGGUCGGGAGCUGGGUUCGGGGCAAUGGUGGGAGCAGGUCUGAGACCGGGUCCCAAUGCAAGCCUGGUUAGGGAGAGUGCGGUGCACUGCGGAGGAGGAGUGGAGAGCGGUUUGUCUGUUCUGUUUCAGAAAGGGGGGAGCGGGGAAGUGGCGGGAGGGGAGAAGGAUGCAGAACAAGUGGGGGAGGAGAGGCACGCAUCGGGUGUGGAGGUGCCAAUUAGGAAAGCGCAGAAAAGCCUGUUGGUGUUCAAAUUGAGCACGUGGAGGCGGCCAUUCGAGAGAUCUUCUCAUCGCCCACAUCAUGGUGCGUGCAUGUGUGUGUGGGGGGGGGGGGGGGGGGGGGGUGGGGGGGGGGGGGGGGGGGGGGGGGGGGGGGUGGG